GAAUUUUGUGCUGUAGUGUUCAUAUGUACAUAGUAUUUCGUACCGUAUUCCAUACCAGUAAGUUACUUUGUUCGAGAACCAAUGUCCAUCGUCAGAACUGGCUUGGCUCUCUCACUAUUAAGAUCUUUUAACUGCGGUUCCCAUUCUCUGUAACACGUGGAAUUUGUCGCAUCAGCAUUGCCAGAUUUCUGCCCUGAAAUUCCUCCUUUGAUGUUAGGAAUCCACUCGAUUAUCAAGGCGAUGUUCGAGAAGCACGGAUCACAUCCAGACCCGGUGAUCACGAUGGACUUGAGAAGAAACGGUUCCUCUGCCGUCGAAAUUUUACCUUUCAACUCAACGACCUUCAUCGUCCCCGACAACCUCGUCCCUGUGUUUCCUGAAACUAAUCCCGAAAUGACGGAGAGCUGUCGUCUGAUCAAUUCUGACAAUUCAGUAAGCAGUCUCGUGCCAAAUUCCGAUCUGCCAUCACGGAGGGAGAAUGAUUUUGUGUCGUUAAAUUACGAUCAUCCUGUGCCAAGCUGUGAUCAACCAACCUGUAGUCCCGUGCCAAGUUGUGAUCAUCGUAUAGACUGCGCCGUGGAAAAUUCUUCUACCCCUUUCAGAAGCCCUGCAUCUGUCUCAAUUCGCUCGUUCAGCUCUAUGGCACGUAUAAAGUUCAACGAAAUUGGACGUUUCGAAAGAGGCAAUCCAAAUGAAAAGCAUGGACCGCGUGAUGGCAGUACCAGUUUGGCCUUCGCCACAUUCGAUAAUUCAAAAGAAGCUGAUGCUUCCGCAGUUGACUGCAAUUUGAAAAUAAACGAACACAACAAACCAGGACUUAAAAUGAAGAAUUAUAAGAAAAAUCAGUGGCUAUAUGCUUUCAGAAAGUUUUUUUGUGUACGAAAUACUGAAGAAUCGGGCAAGCCUGUAACGCUCAAAAUGGUAUCAAAAGAUCAUGAACAUUUUUGUCAUGGGCAUUGCAGCCUUGAUGCCUCAAAUACUAAGAGAAUGUCAUUAUCUCAACUCAUCCGACAUAAUAGAAGAAUGGAAUUUGAAGAAGCAAGAAAAAACGUCGAACGUGCUUUCGGAGAAACUGAUUCUGUGGACGGGCAGCGCUCUUCACAAACACUGAUCGAUAUUUCUUCUGAUAGUGAGAGGAAUUCCCCAAGUUCAUCGGCGAUGCCACAAAUUUCGUCUACAGCACUCACUCCAUCACACCCAUCUGAAAAUAAUGAUCCUGCUACAAACUUGGAAGCGCUCGAGAAAAGCGACCCUAACGUUAGUUGCCAAAGAUGUGGUGUCAGAAGGUUGUCGGGGUUUGAACAUUCACAACCAUCGACGUCUGAAUGCAUGAAGAACAUUGUUGACUUAGAAAGACAAACAAACUAUUCCGACACGAAUUUUUUAUCAAGUGUCAGCAGCGGCAUUCAAGAUCGCUCCAUGGUGCUAUUGGAAUCAGCAGUAGACGAGUCCUUGCAUGAAAAUGUGGCUUCUGUGGGUUCAUUAGGCAGUUUAAACUUGACAUGUGACGGCACUCCACGCGUGCCACGCUGUGUCAAAUCAAAUAUUCGGGCGUCAAGCUAUUCUUCGUUAUCGAAGCCAACCCACUUACACGAAGCCUCGAAAUGUGUGCAGCUAUCAGAAUCUACCUCAAGCUUUCCUUUGUGUGAUUCUGAACGGUCGACCGAGCACCACGAAGACAGCGGACAAGAAGAUAGAAUUUAUUAUGUUUUAAAAUAUAAUCCGUCCUCGCAACUCUCGUCCGAAGCUUCAGGAGAAUAUGAGCACUUCUCUGCAAUAGAAGGACUAUUUAGCUCCCAAAGCGACGCGGGCAUGUUUUUCUGCUCGUCAAGGGACUCCUUACGCGAGGUUGAGGGCGAUGCCAACGAGCAAAAUAGUCUUGAGAAAAAAUUCGUUGCUAAGCCAACAGACCUCGACGCGGCACAACUGGAACACGAAAAGGUACUUGUGCCCAUUCAAUGCUGGCAGGACCGACAAAAAUUAAUCGCAGACUAUGCGAAUAAUGGGGUUUGUGCUUCUUCUCCACUUUCAGUCGUGCAAAAUAGAAUAAUGGAAUUUGACAGUAUUGAAUAAUUAAAUGAUGUGAAUAUUGCAAACGGAUACUCAAAAGAAAAAUACAAUCAAGUAUUUGUUAACAAUAACCUCUCCGAUACGAUUCAAACCAACAGUCGAGAUAUAUAUACCCAAGAAUCAAGCUUUGAGACUUCAAUCAAAAGCGCAAGAGACGAUGCUUUUGCUUGCCAGCCAUGAUUUUGCCGUAGCAUUGACUCGGACUUUUGAAAAAAAUAUCAUGUUUUGAUUUGACAUUAAUUGGUAUUAUAAUUUUUUCGUGUAUUUAAAUGCGUUACUUGAAAUGAACUGUACUUGAAUGCGUUACCGAAAAUGAUUGAUUGUCUUAAUGUCACUCAUGGUCGAAUCAGCCGUUUUGAUGUUCUCAGAAAAUUAUUUCUUGUAUUUUAAUAAUUGUUGCCUGACAAAAUCAGUUAUUACUUCAGACUGUUUGCUGGUCACAACGACGUUUUCGAUUGUAUUGCAUUUUUUAACUCAACAUUUCUAUUACCCUUCCAGCAGAAGAGUGUCAGCCGCUAAUUUCGAAGGAAUUGGAGAUGCUCAUCCGUAAUAACAAUGCACUAUUUUUAUUAUUGAAAUAAGUUCAAAGCGAUCAGUAAUUUUUUGUACUAUCUUAUCUGCAUUUCACAGAUGUCAAAUCAACUUGAUAAUAUCAAUGACAGAGAUAAAAUUUGAGCUCAA